UCCCAUCGCAGCAGCCCUCUAGUCAGCCCGCCAUGGCUUCCCCGAUCGAGUCCUUCAGCAAAUGGCUGCAACUCAAAAUCUACCAGUUCGAAGUGACGAUGGCCGUGUACAUCUUUACGCCCAUUGAGAAAUUCAUCUUCUACUCGGUCCUCUUCCUGCUCUUCAGUCUUACCUUCAUCGCCACCGUCCUCUACCUCCCACAGCAUCUCCAAUUCAUCAUCAGCCGCGCCUGGUUCUACAUGCAUGGCGACUGCCACGACCUCGAACUGGUCAAGGAAGGAGCCGAGAGCUUAGUGCGGACUGCCAUAGGGACAGCGACGGGGACAGCGGCAAGGGCGGCUGCUGAGACUGCCACCGGGGUUGUACGCGAGCUUUGAGAGGCAUGAACUUACCUUCUUCCAGAGGAAAGGGAUGUCCUCUGUACUAAGGUGAAACGGAGUACAUGGUGGGCGAUGGUUCUCCUGGCUCCCACAAUUGAUUGUAGCGAGAGCAUUGGGACAAGAUACAGCUAACAGCUGUCAAUGGGAAGUGGUGGCUGGGAGUGGGACAACGAGGCGUUCAAAUGCAUAUAUAAUGUGGG